CGCAAACAUAAUCAUACAUCCACAUUCUUAAUUCAAUUCUCCUCUCCUGCUUAUUUUUCCAUCUUGUUGACCUUUACAUGAACAAUUAUUCGGCUUAACAUUAUAUUAGAGAAACAGUCUCAUUCACAUUUGGUUUGCCGUAUUUGAUCCGUUCACAUUGAAUAUUCAAUUACUACUAAUUCAUAAUCUAUUUAAAGAUCGUGUUCUGGGUGUCCUUACAAUCACAUAAAAAUUCAAAAAAUUCAAUCUUUUCUAAAAUUUACCUGAUUAUUUGUCAAAAAUAUUAUUCAAUGGCAACUGCUAUGGGAAUGCUGGGAAAUGUUGGGGGUUGUGGGUCUGCCUCUGCUUCUUGGAUUCGUUUGACAAAGAAGAAGACGAAGGGUGAUAAAAUUAGAUUUAAUGUUUCUUGUAUAUAUUCGCCUUCUGUGAGUAAUCCUUACAAGACGUUGAGAAUUCAACCUGAUGCUUCUGAAACUGAAGUCAGAAAGGCUUUUAGACAGCUUGCUCUUCAGUAUCACCCGGAUGUGUGCAGAGGAAGUAAUUGCGGCAUUCAGUUCCACCAAAUUAAUGAAGCAUACGAUACUGUAAUGAGUAACUUGAAAGGUGAAACCAAGAGUGCAGAGAUAUUUGAGGAAUAUGAUGAUAAUGAUGAUUCCAUGAGAGGAGUGAAUGAUCCAGAUUGGGAUAUGUGGGAAGAAUGGAUGGGAUGGGAAGGAGCUGGUAUUCGGGACUAUUCUUCACACAUUAACCCUUAUAUUUAAUAAUUAAUCUGGAUUAUUAUAAUCUUUAAUCUGGAUUAAUAUAAUGUUUCUGCCAAAUACCAAAACAACCCAUCCAUCUUCUUCAGCUGAAAGACGGUUUGACGUUUAUGUACAUACUGAUCAAGUGGGAAAAUGGAGUUGUAUAUUUUGUACAUAGAUGGAAAUCUCUCCUUUUGUAUUUAUUAACUAUGAUGAUAAUGAUGCACAAA